AUGCGCAACGUUAUUUGCUUGCAUAGUUCAUCCUCUCCUUCUUUCAACUAUUCGAAUGCAUUGUGUUACUACAUCUAUUUUAUCUAUCUAUCUAUCUAUCAUCAUAUAUAUCUAUCUAUAUCUAUAUAUAUAUAUCUAUCUAUCUAUCUAUCUAUAUAUAUAUAUUCAUCUAUCACAUUUCUUAAAUAUCUAUCUAUCUAUCUAUUUAUUUAUCUAUCUAUUUCAUUUCCUAAUUAUUAUCUUUUACUCUCGUCAAAAUAUCCUCAUUAUCCUAAUUGUCUGUUACUGUCGGUCAUCUAUCUAUUUUGUUUUUCAGUAUCUAUCAGUUUCUGCCUAUCAAUCUAUCAAAAAAAAAUUCUCUCCCUUCUUGAAAAGUAUAUCUUUGAUAAUCGAUUUCAUUUUUUAUCAAUCUAUUCUAAGAUCUAUCUAUUAUCUAUCUAUUCUUCUAUCUAUGGAAAGUUCCAUUGUCUGUUAAGUUCCUUCAUCUAUUUUGUUUUUCAGUAUCUAGUUCUUGAAUCUAUCAAAAAUCUACCCAUUUCUCUCUCCCUUCUUGAACAAGUCUCAUCUAUCUCUAUCUCUAUCUAUCUAUCUAUCUAUCUAUCUAUCUAUCUAUAUAUAUAUAUAUAUUCAUAUAUAUCUAUAUAUAUCUAUCUAUCAUCUAAUUUAGUUCCAUCAUUAUCUAUCUAUCAUGAUUAUCCUAAUUGUCUUUGUCCCAGAAGAAAUCUAUCUAUUUUAUUUUUUCUCAUGCUACUACAUUAUCUAUCAUCUAUCUUAAAUCUAUCACAUUCCCUUCACUGGGAUUCAUUUUCUAUCUAUUCAUUCCUAUCUGCGCAUUCGUUAUUUUCUUUCAGUAUCUUCAUCCAUCUCCAUCUAUCUUUCAUCUAUUCGAUUAUCCUAAUUGUCUGUCUUAUCUAUCAGGCAAGCUGCCAAUCAAUCUAUCAAUCUAUCUAUCUAUCUCUCUCUCCCUUCUUGAACAAUUGCUACUACAUCUUCAUCUAUCUAUCUAUCUAUCUAUCUAUCUAUCAUCAAUAUCAUUCAUCUAUCUAUCUAUCAUCUAUCUAUCAUUCAUUCUCUAUCUAUCUAUCUAUCUAUCUAUCACAUUCUCUAUCAGUCUAUCUAUCAUCUAUCUAUCUCAUUAUCCUAAUUGUCUGUCUGUCUGUCGGUUCAUCUAUCUAUUUUGUUUUUUCAGUAUCUAUCAGGCAAUCUGCCUAUCAAUCUAUCAAUAAAUCUACCCAUCUCUCUCCCCUUCUUGAACAAGUGCUACUACAUCAUCAUCUAUCUAUCUAUCUAUCUAUCUAUCUAUCUAUCUAUCUAUCAUCUAUCACAUUCCCUUCAGUAUCCAUAUCUAUCUAUCUAUCUCUAUCUAUCUAUCUUGUCUGCAUCUAUCUAUCAAUUUAUCAAUCUAUCUAUCUAUCUAUCUAUCUCAUUAUCCUAAUUGUCUGUCUGUCUGUUCUAUCUAUUCAUCUAUCUAUUUUUAUCUAUCUAUCUAUCUAUAAAUCUAUCACAUUCCCCUUCAAUAUCAAUCUAUCUAUCUAUCUAUCUAUCACAUUCUCUUCAGUAUCUAUCUAUCUAUCUAUCUAUCUAUCUAUCUAUCUAUCUAUCUAUCUCAUUAUCCUAAUUGUCUGUCUGUCUGUCGGUCUAUCUAUCUAUUUUUGCUACUACAUCUAUCUAUCUAUCUAUCUAUCUAUCUAUCACAUUCCCUUCAAUAUCUAUCUAUCUAUCUAUCUAUCUAUCUAUCUAUCUAUCUAUCACAUUCUCUUCAGUAUCAUCUAUCUAUCUAUCUAUCUAUCUAUCUAUCUCAUUAUCCUAAUUGUCUGUCUGUCUGUCGGUCUAUCUAUCUAUUUUUGCUACUACAUCUAUCUAUCUAUCUAUCUAUCAUCUAUCACAUUCCCUUCAAUAUCUAUCUAUCUAUCUAUCUAUCUAUCUAUCACAUUCUCUUCAGUAUCUAUCUAUCUAUCUAUCUAUCUAUCUCAUUAUCCUAAUUGUCUGUCUUAUCUAUCAGGCAAUCUGCCUAUCAAUCUAUCAAUAAAUCUACCUAUCUCUCUCUCCCUUCUUGAACAAGUGCUACUACAUCUAUCUAUCUAUCUAUCUAUCACAUUCCCUUCAUAUUCAUCUAUCUAUCUAUCAUCAUUCCCUCUAUCUAUCUAUCUAUCUAUCAUCUAUCAGUAUCUAUCUAUCUAUCUAUCUAUCUAUCUCAUUAUCCUUUGUCUGUCUGUCUGUCGGUCUAUCUAUUCAUUUUUAUUCAUCUAUCUAUCCCUCUAUCUCAUUAUCCUAAUUGUCUGUCUGUCUGCUUGGUCUAUCUAUCUAUUUUGUUUUUUCAGUAUCCAUCUCUGCCCAUCAAUCUAUCAAUCAUCUCUCUCUCCCUACUUGAACAAGCAUCAUCUCAUCUAUCUAUCUAUCCAUCUAUCUAUCUAUCUAUCACAUUAUCUUCAUUGUCUGUCUUAUCUAUCAGGCAAUCUACCUAUCAAUCUAUCAAUAAAUCUACCUAUCUCUCUCUCCCUACUUGAACAAGUGCUACUACAUCUAUCUAUCUAUCUAUCUAUCUAUCUAUCUAUCUAUCACAUUCUCUUCAGUAUCUAUCUAUCUACGUACUGA